AUGACCACUGAGAGGGUGAGAGUGCAACACCUGUAUAAUUGCUGCCAGAACUUCAAGGCCAAGCUAAUCAGUGUCUACAAGAUACUUCUACAACAGCAUGAAGCCACCGGCCGGACGCCUCCAGAUGACUCAGACAAUUACAAGAGGAGCAAAGCAACAGUGCAGCAGCAGCUUGACGGAACCCACAAUGAGAGUAUCAAGCCCGCAUCUUCUCUUAAUAAUUACUGGCGAGUCUUCAAGUCCCUCUACACCAAGAAGACCGACAAGACGCUGGACGAGUCGGAGUCGACUGCACGGGACUGCCGGCGGUACAAGAAUGUCGUCAUCAAGCGAUGGGGCCUUCGGAGACUCCCAAAGCAUAAGCCCUCGGGCACAAAAGAUGACGUGUAUCGUGUCCUCCGGUUCCACUGGGAGCGCUCUCUACAAAGAUCUAUGCUGAUGAGAAGCAGCGUGUCUAUGUCGCGGCUGGUAUACUCAUGUCCUUUAUCUCCGGAUCUCGGACCUGGGAAACGGAAGCGGCUUCCUUUGAAUGACGAUAGGGGGCUCCUGGUGUCAAAGCGAGCUAAGUCAGCUACCAGCCGAAGAGCAUCGGCUGCUGUUCAGGAGACAUCCUCGCCCGAUCAAACUAAUCUUUCAGAUGUGAACAUGAGCGACUCUUCCCAUGAUGGCCUAGAAGAUGCUUCUGAACAUUCUCCCUUGACAAAGGAGAGUGACAUUGACAAUGAUACUGGCGACGAAGAUGAUGAAGAUGAAGAUGAAGACGAUAUUAGCUUCGCAGACAGUGGAUAUGACAGUGUUAGCCCCACAAACAAGCCCGAUGGGGAUUUCAUCGAGGAUGUGACAGAUGAUGAGUAUGAUGCGGGCCCUGAAGAGACAGGGGCCCUGCUCUGGAGGCAUAUUUCGUUUCACAUCAUCCGCUAUUCACAGCCGGGGCGGCCAAACUUGCUCCUUGCCCAAAUCACGCUUCUUCACACGAAAGGCUAG